GUUAAAGUAACGUCGUAGUUUGAAAUGUGCCAUCCUCUCGGCUUCCGUAGGCUGCUUUGAAGGCAAGUCACGUUCUUAGACCUAUGAGUAAGUUAUUAGCGAGCUGUCUUGCUGCGUUAUUGCAAAGAUGAUAACAUUAAGGAAAACAUUUCGCAAAGCUUGCAGUAUCGGUGAACAUUUUAAGUUAAGGAAGGACUCGAUAGAGCUGCGCGCAGCCAUCUCCACGGGACCCCAGCAACAGCAUGCCACGUUCUACGAGUUUCGCACGUACUACAUCAAGCCUGAGCAGAACUCCGCCUUCUUGAAGCUGACCAAUGAGAAGAUCCACCUCCGCACUGCACAUUCCGAGCUCCUGGGCUACUGGAGUGUGGAGUACGGAGGCCUCAACCAGGUCUUCCACAUAUGGAAGUACGACAGCUAUGCCCAGCGGGCAGGUGUUCGGGCAGCCCUGGCUCAGGACCCCCAGUGGAUCGAGCAGUACAUCUCCAAGGCGAUGCCCAUGUUGACCUCACAGGACAAUGAGGUCACCUACCUGGUGCCCUGGUGCAAGAUUGAGAAACCUCCAAAAGAAGGUGUGUAUGAGUUGGCGACUUUCCAGAUGAAGCCGGGGGGUCCAGCGGUGUGGGGGGAUGCUUUCCAGGCAGCCGUCACCACCCACGCCAGGCCAGGAUACUCACACCUCGUGGGGGUCUUCCACAGCGAGUUUGGGCAGCUCAACAGAGUGCACGUCCUCUGGUGGUAUGAGAGUCCCGACCAACGGGCAGCGAGCCGACACCAGGCCCACGGUGACGCCAGGGUGGUGGCUGCAGUGAGGGAGAGCGUCACGUACCUGCAGUCCCAGAGGAGCAAGCUCCUGUUGCCGACCCCCUACUCUCCUCUGAAGUAACCGUGCUCCGGUGAUGAGGAAUCAGUCCUGUGCCCACGGGGAGAAUGACACACUGAAGCCGUCAAUCAGACUGACAGCAUGCCUUUACAGUCUGGCAUGGCCACACCGGGAUUAUUGCAUUCUUUUGAUAUUUCAGUUAAUUACUUAUGUACCAGCUAAACAAAAAUCUUUCUUUGGAAGUCUAGAAUCAUGUCUUAAUUUCUUUCAGAAUAGAUAGAGAGAGCGCAGUUUUGUACAGCAGAGCAGUUAGCUCUUGUCAACGACUAUGGACCACAGUGAAUCACAUCCUCAGUGAUGUCAUAGGGAAAAGCUUUUUGUGAAAUAUGUCAUUGACAUAUUUCACAAAAAUUGACCAAUAACCCCCUACAUAGAGCAUUGUGAUUGUAAACCACAGAUGGUGAUGGGGUCCGGUGACAACCGCGGUGAACAUCAGGGUGAGCUCACAUCUCACGCUGCUGAUCUCAGAACAGCGUUCCGCGUUUCUCGUCAUCACAUUCAUGGUGACGCUGUAUAUUUUUGUCCCCGCUGUCAUCAGCAUUGGCUGUCAAUGCAGUAAGGUGCUAGAAGUCAGCUUCUAUUCCUGUCUUGUUUUUUUUUUAUCAUUAAUCUGUGCUAAUCUGUUUCUGUUUCUCCGUCGAGUCAGAUAAGAGUUGUUCGGUUUCAGCACACUGCUGUUGAAAUGAACAAGUUUACCGCAUAACGGUUUAGGGGCAUUAAUAAAACAGUUUACGAGCGCGAUAAGGAACUCUAACGAGCAGGACCGAUCUAACACAAAGCAGGUGGAUAUUCCACACCGGGCUUUGAACAAUUUUCAUGUUGUUUACUUCAUGCAGCUGAUGUAGACUUACUCUGCUGCAGUGGAGCAGCUGCUGGACCGGGCUCACCGAGUCUGCACGCCGUCUGCUAUUGCACUUUGUGACAGUGGUGUGUGAUGGUACUAAUAUAUGGAGAAAUAAAUAAAAGAAUCAUUUUAA